AUGAUUCGACUACUCGUUCUCCUGGCAUUAACCGUUUCAGUUGAUGCAAGCUGGUUCGGCAAUGCUGGAUGUGGAUGCCCCGCUGCUCAAGUCUGUCCACCGGCUGCACCGGCAACGUCGUCUCCUGCUCCGUUAGCAACAGAUUGUGUACCAAUUACCAGUGCUAGGAUGCCAGCAGCUCCUCAAGUUGAAUAUGUUCAACUGGCUAUCGCUGCUCCAGCUCCUGCUCCAGCUCCCGCUCCAGCAGCCAUCCCAGUGGAAAUUGCUCCCAUAGCAAUCGCUCAAGCAGCGCCUGCUCCAGUACAAGUUGCUCCCAUAACUCUUGCUCAAGCAGCCCCUGCUCCAGUAGCGGCUGCCCCAGUACAUGCUGCCCCCGUAGCCCCAACUCCAAUAGAAGUUAUUCCAGUAGCAGUCGCUCAGGCAGCUCCUGCUCCGGUACAAGCUGCCCCAGUAGCGGCUGCUCCAAUACAAGUUGCUCCGGCAGCCGCUCCAGCAGUUUCAUAUGUCGCUGCUCCAGCACCUACAUACGCCACCGCUCCGGAGCCUACCUAUGUCGCUCCUCCACUUCCUGCUCCAGAGCCUACCUAUGUAGCUGCUCCAGCUCCAGCUCCAGCGCCUACAUAUGUCGCUCCUCCAGCACCUACGUAUGCUGCUCCUCCUCCAGCACCUACUUAUGUCGCUCCAGCUCCAGAGCCUACCUAUGUAGCUGCUCCAGCUCCAGCUCCAGCCCCUACAUAUGUCGCUCCUCCAGCUCCUACGUACGUCGCGGCCCCAGCACCCACGUACGCCGCGCCUCCAGCACCCACGUAUGUUGCGCCUCCUACAUAUGCUGCUCCCGACCCCAUCUAUGUCGCGCCUUCAAUGCCCAAGAUUGCCGUCGCUCCAGCAUCUGCAUAUGCCGGAUAA